GACAAAAACUGUGGAGUGGGAUGGACCGAGAGCCGUGGCGUUGGAGAGCAUAUAACCGUAUUUUAAACCGAGACAUCAAUUAUUAAGACAAAUCAUUGCAUCGGAAUAGUUUUUCGGAAUUGGACUCACUGCUUACCUGGAUUUUAGUCGUCGACAAUGUAUUUUAAUUGUGCAUUCAUGCAAAGACUACACCUGUCCAAAGCAGUUGGGAAUCAUAGGAAUCCGCUUGCAUGACACAUUUUUGUCGAAGAAAUAGGAUAUUAUUCUAGUUCAGAAAAAAUGCAAGUUUAUUUUUAGUGUUAGGCCAAUACACAAUUGAAAAAAAUCAAAUGUUUGAUGGAAUUUAUUGGAGGUUUCGCUUGGGAUGAUUGCCUGCUAAAUGCAUAGGAGUACGGUUCAUUUUAGCGUCGGAUAUCGGAGUAGAUGUUUAUAUGGACCUUUCAAAAGUUCUCGCAAUGGAUUUGGUCAUACAUGGGAAAAUUAUGCUACUAUUGAGUGUAUAGCUGUAGCAGUAAGGCUAUUGUUUGUCAGAGGAAGUCUUCUCCCACCUUAAAAUCCCAAAUGAAGAUUCCAAAAAGACGGAAAAGACUAACGUGCCGUCUCUGCGCCAGAUAAAUGGCUCAUUUAAAUUGGGAGCUGCUCGCGUUCUGUCGGGCUGGCAGAUGCAGUGCCUAGUGCCAGCCCUCCAGGACCACGCCAACAUGAAUGGGGCUGGGGAGACGGCGGACAUACUGCCGCCUAACUGCAUGGUCAAGGACCGAUGGAAAGUGCUGAAGAAAAUCGGAGGAGGAGGUUUUGGGGAGAUCUACGAAGCUCUCGACCUAUUGACGCGGGAGAACGUGGCGUUGAAGGUGGAGUCGGCCCAGCAGCCCAAACAGGUCCUGAAGAUGGAGGUGGCAGUCCUGAAGAAACUGCAGGGUAAAAACCAUGUGUGCAAAUUUAUUGGCUGUGGGAGAAAUGACAAAUUCAACUACGUGGUCAUGCAACUUCAGGGACGCAAUUUGGCGGACCUGAGGAGGAGCCAGCCUCGGGGGACUUUCACCAUGAGUACCACGCUCCGCCUGGGGAAACAGAUCCUGGAGUCUAUAGAGGCCAUCCACUCUGUUGGCUUCCUGCAUCGAGAUAUCAAACCGUCAAACUUCGCCAUGGGAAGGCUGCCUUCGACCUUGAGGAAGUGUUACAUGUUGGACUUCGGCCUCGCGCGGCAGUACACCAAUACCACUGGAGAAGUCCGCCCUCCGAGAACUGUCGCAGGUUUUCGAGGAACUGUUCGAUAUGCCUCAGUCAACGCACAUAAAAACAAAGAAAUGGGACGCCAUGAUGACCUAUGGUCUUUAUUUUACAUGUUGGUGGAAUUUGCAGUUGGACAGCUACCAUGGCGGAAAAUCAAGGACAAGGAGCAAGUUGGGCAGAUUAAAGAGCGAUAUGACCAUAGGAUGCUGCUGAAACACAUGCCUUCAGAGUUUCAUAUCUUCCUCGACCAUGUAUUGGGCCUUGACUACUACACCAAGCCGGAUUAUCAGCUGUUGAUGUCGGUGUUUGAGAACAGCAUGAAGGAGCGCAUCAUCAUGGAAAAUGAGCCGUUUGAUUGGGAGAAAGGAGGGACAGACUCCACACAGUCAACAACCGCCUCCACCCAACCACAACACAACACACGGCCCACCGUCGCCAUUGUGGGAGCCCUCAACACCCCGGUGCCCGUAGACCUCCAGAGGGAGAACACGGAGAACGUGCUCCAGGACGAGCACCUCAGCGACCAAGAGAACGCCCCUCCGGCCCUGCCCCCCGGUGGGAGCCGCCAGGGGGGCGGUGGCCAGACAACCGCUAAGGGCGAGGGAUGGGAGGACACCGACUUCAACCGCAACAAACUCAGGAUCAGCCUGGGCAAGGGGGCACAGGAGGGGGAUGAACCCAGCAGAGGGGCCUGUCCCAUGUCUCCGUGCCGGGCAGGAGGGGCCCCCGAGUCCCCCAGUGGCCAGGUGCGCUCGCUCCGGUACCGCCGCAUCAACAGCCCCGAGUCAGACCGCAUGUCGGCCGCUGAUGGGAGGGGCGUUGACGGAUACGGCCAAAGUAUCAGGUCCCGCAUGGAUAUCCUGGGAUCACCCUCGCGCCACGUGUACUCGUCCCAGCCGGCCAUGAUGCUGUCUGUGGACUGCGGCCUGCAGCGCGGGAGGCACGGCGAGGGCUCAGUGGCGUCCGUGGACCAGGAAGCCCACAGUAAUGCCUUUAUCAGAUCGGUGCCACUGGCAGAGGAAGAAGACUUUGAUAGCAAGGAGUGGGUGAUCAUCGACAAGGAGACAGAGCUGAGGGACUUCCAGCCCACCACGUCGGGCACCACCGAUGAGGAGCCUGAGGAGCUGAGGCCCCUGGAGGAGGGAGAGGAGAGGAGGAGGCUGCGGGGAGGAGGGGCGGAGAUGGUGGUGCGACCCAAGACGACCCUCACGACCAACAGCAGCCGGGGCAUGCUCACGCUCACUGAGGAGGAAGCCUCCAGACGAAGUGGGGGAAGCCCCGCCAUGUCGCCCUGUCAUUCACUCCCGUCAGGCCGUCCUAUUAGACCGGUAAGAGACCGGGCUGACCUAUCGGUGGAGGGAGGCUUCUCUCUUUGCAUGUUCAUGGGAGUCGGCUCAGAGCUGGGUCGCCUGCUGUACAAUGCGAUUGAUCUUCAGAUGAUAUGGAUGAGACCCACCCUGGAGGAUGACAGGCACCACCCGAGGCCCAAUCAGCUGCGGAGGCUGGCCUCCUACGUCUUCUCAUCCUCCACACUGGAGACGGAGCAGUACCCGCACCCCGGAGGGUCCUUCAUCCAGCGGAGCCGCUCGGCCGAGAGCAGCCCCGCCCACAUGAACGCUUCCACCCACCGGCGCCAUGCUCCCCUGCAGAGCCCGGGCAGCCCGCGGAGCAGGCACUCGGUGAUCAUGUCUCCGACUGAGCACAAUGGCCUAUCUCAGCCUUGUCCAGACUUCAGGACCAAGGGCCAGCUGGACGAGAAGGAGCAUUUCCACAUCCUUCCCCAGCUCCAGGUCAAGCGGGCCGACUUCCUCACCGUCAUGCUGACCGGCACCCUUCCUCAGCGGCGAACCUUCACAGCAGCUCUGCCGGCAGAGAACGAGGUCCAGGAGCCCCAGGGCCCGCGAGACGAUGACGUGACCAAGAGUGAGUCGAACAGCGAGGCCAGCCAAAAAAGCACAGAGCGGAGCCAGGAUGGGGCCCCUAAUACCCUCAUGGCUGAGGAUGGUCCCAGGGCCCCCCGGGAAUCCGCCACAGAUGCUGACCCUGACUUGGAAGACGGCUCCAAGACCCUGAUUCUGUUCUCGCCGGGGGAUACCCGGAAGUCUCCAUCCACUGGGGGAGAACACGCCCUGCUGGAGGUUGACUUCGGGACGCCGUCUUCCUCUACCCCUAGGAACGAUAUGCCUCUGGUGGGUGCGGGCAGCCAGCCAGAGCUCUCCUUCACACUGAGGUCAGACUUGAGGCCAUCCACCCCAAUCGCCCCCGCGUCUCCCCCCUUCACCAAAGUCGAGCGCACCUUUGUCCACAUCGCCGAGACUUCCCACUCUAACGUCAUGUCUUCCAGAUGUCAGACCGCAAAGGAGAGCAGCGACCGCUGCAACCUCUCGGCCGUUACCCAGGAGACCUCACCAUGGGAAGGAGACUCCCAUGAUCAGACUGUACAUGUUGAACAGGGUGAGGAAUCCCAGCGUCUUUCCAGAGAGCCCCAAGCCCAUUCUAUCCAAGACGUGACCCUGGAGAAGGGUGUCACUCGCACCAAACCAGACGACCGCCCACCGCUGGUUUUUGUUAAGUCCUUGGAGCCUGUCCCAGAAGCCAUGUCGCCCAUUCUGGAACACAAAACUCUCUCUGCAGAUCCCAACAACGGGGCAUUGUCUACCGAAGGUGUUGCCGAGUCCAACGCUGGAUUACCGUUUACCGCACUCAGGCAGAGGAUCAAAAGCCGCAUCCCGGUUCUACUGUCUGAAGAGGACACAGGCUCAGAGCGUUCAGCCUCACUCUCAGCCCGAGCGCGACUACGGAGGAGAGCCCGGCAACUGGACCUGGCACGCCUGGUGGUGCAGAAGCAGCAGGGCCGCUGGAUGAGGCUACCUUCGGGGACAUCCUCCUCGUUGUCCUCUGGCGAUGGGAGGGCCUCCGAGACGCUCUCCACCACCGGCUCGGAGGAAGACACCCACGCCUCUGAUGAGUCUCUGGCCAGGAGGAGCUCAUGUCUGAAGGCCAGGGCUGGGGCUGGGGGGGACCAGAGCCAUACGGAGUGGCGCAGCAGAAUCCCCAGGCCCGUCACCCCCAUCAAGAGGCCCUCGGGGCGGCUGGUGGCCGCCGUGGCCUCCCCUCUCGCGUUGCCAGGAUCGGGCAUUUGUAGAGAUGCAUCCACCUUUGGUAAUGGGCUCCAAGUUCAGAAAAUAGGACUGAGCACUCUCCCGACCCAGAGGCGGUCUAAACCUCUGCAGGCUGGCUCCUCCUCUUCCUCCUCCUGUCCGAGGCCAUGUCCUGUCCCCGCCCAGCCCUGCGGCAGCCCCCGCAUGCCCCUGCGCUGCGUUUUCAUGACCCGACGCAGCCUAAGCACCUCCCACUGCAGGACAGACAGCCCCUCCCCCCAACGUGUCCGUCCAACCAGACAGCCCCUCUCUGUACGGCCCACAACUGCCCCUCCGCUCCGGCCCAGGGCUAAUACUACUACCACCACCAUGAAACAGGCCAACUCACAGGUCCGCUUUACCCAGGCGUUCACCGCUAUGCCUGCCAGAAUCCGAGCCAAAUCCACAGGUCCUGCCAAAGCAAAACAAAGUAGAGAGGACAAGAUGGCUACCUCGAGAUAGUAAACAGAUUCACUGGGAUGAAACGCGCACGCUUCUCUGUUGUCCUCAGAGAGACUCAAUGCCUCAAAAAGCUCCAGGCCGACCCCAAAGUAAGACUGACGCGGUUUCCCAUCUUUUUUAAUCUUUCAAUUACCUUCUUUGAUUAAAAUCAUGUACCUCUACUAACUAGACCAUGAAAACAACAUUUGUUCCGUAUUAGCACAGAACGAUCUUCAUGAGCUUCCAGUCAAGGAACUUUUAGUCAAUGUCACCGAGGAGCGAUGCUACCAUGCUGCUCUGUGUACGCUGUUCACUGGUGCAUUGUAUACAUUUUCCUUUUGUUUCUGAGGUUGAACAUUUCUUUAGGUUUGUGGAUUUUGCAUCCUAUAUGCAAGAAAUGUAUUUGAACAAAGUCGGUCGUCAUGACCCCUUUGCAAGUCAAGUUGCAAUCUUUCUCAACACACAAACGUCUCACACCGAUAUACUAAGUUAUCAUCAACAAUAUCCUGCUCACUUUACAUUGCAUGGUAUAGAUAUCACAAACACUUUUGAUAAGUUGAAUAAUGUUAAGGAAAUGUACGAAAGUCUCAAUCUUCCAAUGGUCUGACGCGAUAACCAAUUCUGAUAGAAUGCGAAGGCCAAAAUCAUUCCCAACUCUGGUCAGAUGUGUUAAAAGAGGAAGGUUGGAUUAUGGGGUAAAUUAUUGCCGAUAUUAAGCGAAUGCAGAAGUAAUAUUGCUGGCCUCCUUGUUAGCGUGUGACAAUGGGCAUUUGAUUAUAUUUACAUUCCGAAGACGUGUAUAUAAAUGAUCAUUUCUUGAAAAAUACAUCUUUAUUUUUUAUCUUGUGAAAACAACCUGUAUAUUUUGCCUUUCCUCUGCUGUUGAACAACGUUGGCAAAUAUGCCUGUUUUUUUACGCAUGAGGAAAAAUAAGGUUAACUUUGAACGAUAGAUACCUGCCUUUUAAUGUUCUGACAAUGAAAUUAAUGGUGGAUCAUUGGAACCCAUGUUUUGUGUUUGUAUUGGGUAAAUGAAACCUACAAUUGCAGGGCACUGAGCUAAAGUAAAAUCAUGGUCAUGUGGAUUGACUCUCUCCUGUUUCCUUUCUACACUGUUUGUCAGAUACAACCAUCGCCCCUAGAAAGGACUGCUUCUUGUUCUCCUGCUUCUUGUCCUCCCAGGUGAGGGCAAUAAAGUACCAGGUUGAAACAAGAAGCAGAAGUGUUUCGGGCCCUCUAGUACUGGAACUGAACCGUCCUGGGCAACUGAAUAGGUCUGAAAGUUUGACUUAUCAGGGUGAAUUGACUCUGACACAUUUUUGAAGUGUUUUCACAAAUUUAGGCCAUUUUAUUUUCAAGAGGUAAAGUUACAGUACAGACGUGUACAAAAAUGUUUCGCACAGACACACACACACACUUCUCCUCACAAUGGUAAGUCCAGUCUCUCCCUAGUUUAGGGUCAGGCAGCUUUUCUAAUUGUCUGUCUACAAUCGUUAAGGCCAGGGUUGAAAAUGUUUAUUUUUUUCCAUAUAAGAAUAUUCCUGAGCAAGUACAUAACUCACAUUUGAAUACUAUUAAUGCUAUUAAAUUCAUAUUUGAUCCAUCCCAACAGGAAGCAAUAGAUUACAUAAAUAAUGCAAGUUAUGCGCAUAGGACUAUGUUUCAUUGCAGUGUAGUACUGUGCUGAGUCUAAUGGUCUCUUGGAAUUGCCCUUUAAAUGCUGUUAUACAUGCACUGACAGCUGAGCCGAUGAGUCCUGAGAGAUAUCCAGUAGAAGGGAGGCCUCCCUUUCCCUUUCUCCCCGCCCCCACUUGUUCAAUGCAAGCACGUGAGAUGGCAUAUGGUCUCUCCCUCCCUACCACGAGGCUGUGAGAUGUCUCCCUGAGGUUGACGUAUUGUAAAAAGUUCAAUAAAAAUAGUAUUAAAUCCAAAAUGAAUAUGAGGUAAGGCGUGGUGGAAUAGUGAGUAUGUUUACAUCCACAGUAUGACAAAUCAAAAUGAAUAUGAGGUAAGGCGUGGUGGAAUAGUGAGUAUGUUUACAUCCACAG